CAUCACAAUGUUUAGUCGAUUAUGUUAGCUUUCUGACAAAUCAUUAUGGACGUGAAAUAAAAACAUUCAGUAUUACUGUUACUUUUUAAAGUGCAUUCAAUAUUUUAUCUUUAGUUAACAGCCGUUGCUAGCUAGGAACUAUCCUAGGACAUUGUGAAUGAGGGGGACGUUAAUCCGUGUCACACAAUUUUCGUUGCACGAGUUGAGUUUGCCUAAUUCAAAAACAAAACGUACUAUAAGAAACGAAUAAAUAGUCAUUCGGGAAUAGAGUAAGUUGCAGCUUCUUUGUGUGAAUAAUGUGGUCCAGUCGGUGUGAAGUCUUACCGCCAGCAAUCAUGAUAAAUUAGCUUGCUAGCUAGCCAUCCUACCUGACCGGGCCUGAUGGACGAGGAGGACGAUUGUCCAGAGCUGGUUCCUAUCGAGGAGAAGACGAGGCCUACAGUGCAAAUACCUGUGACCAUAAUCACGGGCUACCUGGGUGCUGGGAAAACAACACUAUUGAACUACAUACUGACCGAGCAGCAUAACAAAAGAAUAGCCGUCAUACUCAAUGAAUUUGGUGAAGGCAGUGCACUGGAGAAAUCCCUGGCAGUGAGCCAGGCAGGAGAGCUAUACGAAGAGUGGCUAGAGCUCCGGAACGGCUGCUUGUGCUGCUCGGUGAAAGAUAACGGACUUAAAGCGAUUGAAAAUCUAAUGGAGAAGAAAGGCAAGUUUGACUACAUUCUCCUCGAGACGACUGGUCUGGCAGAUCCAGGAGCUGUUGCUACUAUGUUCUGGGUUGAUGCUGAGUUAGGAAGUGAUCUCUACCUAGAUGGCAUUAUUACUGUUAUUGAUGCAAAAUAUGGACUGCAGCAUCUGGUCGAAGAGAAACCCGAAGGCCUAAUCAACGAAGCCGCAAGGCAGAUAGCCCUGGCUGAUCUGACCAUUAUCAAUAAGACAGAUCUUGUGAAUGAGACGGAGCUGGGCCAGCUCCGAGACGCAGUCAGGUCCAUUAAUGGCCUUGUCAGAAUCUUGGAAACACAGAGGUCCAGGGUUGAUCUGUCUCAGGUACUGGAUCUGCAUUCGUUCGACACCAAAGAUGAUGCACGGCUGGCUGAGACUCUACAGCUGAUGAAAACAACACAACCACAUCUAGACAAGAAUAUACUGACAGUUACUUUUGAAGUACCUGGAAGUGUCUCUGAGGAUGAUUUAAAUGUGUUUAUUCAGAACCUCUUGUGGGAAAAGACAUUUAAGAACAGAGAAGGUUUGGCUAUGAAUGUCAUUCGUUCAAAGGGCGUGGUGUCUCUCCAGGGCAGACAGAAGCGGGCCAUGCUGCAGGGGGUCCAUGAGCUCUAUGAACUGGAGGAAACACUCGAGGCCUGGGCGGAUGGAGAGCCCAGGAUCAACAGACUGGUCUUCAUCGGCCGCAAUCUGGAUGGGGACGUACUGAAGGAUGAAUUCCUCUCUCUAGUCUCAAACGAAGAGGAUGGGAUGGAGUAGAAGUAUUAUAAAGUCUGAGUGCUGACCUAGAGUCAGAUUUUUGUCUACUGAAUAAGCUCGUGGACAGGGCAGCGCUGGCCCUGAACUAGCACUGUUAUCCUAACAUGCUUUAUCCAUAAAGCUGAUGUUUGUUGUUUGUUUUUAAUUCAGAUUUGGCUAUAUGGUACAUGGUUCAGUGCACAAUACUUUGCCACUGAGGUAAAGGGACAGUGGAACUACUUUUGAGGUCAUGUGAUAUUGAGGUACACAUACUUACUGGAAUAUUCAGUGAGCUUUUGUGUGUAUACAACUGUGGAAUAGAUGUAAAGAAAAAUCUUUUCUGAAAUGUAAACUCAACACAUUAGACUUACCCCAAAUACUGUGACUGGCAAGCAUACAUGCUGCCAGAUGACUCCUGUAGAGUCUUAGUUUCUGCAGAGUAUUGACACUUAAAUUCAAGUAAAUUGCAGCCCUACUGUAUGAAACAAAAUGGUUUUAAAAUUCACAAUAAAAAUUGCAUGACAAUUGAAUAGACUUUAA